AUGGCUGACGAUGUCCUAAGCAAACUGGAAGAUGUGGAGUCCUAUUCCUUCUACGGGCUCUCCCACUGGCUCUCGGAGCUUGGGGACCUCCUGGACCGGGCCGAUCAAGCUUCGGUCUCCAAGGCGCCCAAGGCCCAGGAGACAGCGCUGCUGGAGCAGCGCCCAGCCCUCCUCGAGGCCCAAACCCGCGUGCGCCACGCCAUGGGUGGGCGCCUGGAGGAGCCUCUGACAAAGCGGGAGAAGCCGCUUGCAGAAGCCUUCCUGCAGGAGCAGAUCUCGAAGUUGAAGGGGCAGGCUCUUCGGGAUGAGAGGGCGAAAGCCGGCAUCGAGCGCCUGCAGCAGCUUCUCGAGAAGGUCCGAGCCAGGACUGCGGCUGCCGAGUCCAAGGCCGUGCGGGACAUUGAGGCUUCGAUGAAGCAGGCUGAGACGGACUGGAAGGAGCUCGCGCCUAUCUAUGACAAGUGGCAGGCAGGAAGACACAGCUUCCGCUCCAACGCCGAUCUGCAGACCUUCAAGAGGCGCUACGAAGACUGCAAAAAGGUACGGGAAGCCGGGGAGGACAAGUUGAACGCAGCCCUGCGCGCGCGGCGCUCGGCCAACGCUCCAGAAGAGCCGGCCAAGCCGAAAGCUGGCUGGUCCUCGAUCCUGCGCAAGCCGACGGCUGCGCCCGCAGCGCAGCGGGCACCGGCGGAACGGGGGGCAGCGGCCAUGGCCCUGGAUGCCAAGAAGGCUUCCGCAAAGGCCUCGGCAAAAAGCACUUCCUGGACCUCUCAGAUCUCCUUGGCGCAGCGUCUCCAGGCGGAGGCCGCGGCGACGGUUCGUCAAGCGGCAGAGCCCCAGACAUGCGCUCAGGACGAGGGCUUUUGGACAGAAAGCGUCACAGAGCGGCCGCCACCACCUCCUGUUCCGAAACCGCAAGGUGAGGAUGGACGAGAGCCUUUUGUGGCAGCAAAAUCUUCCAAGCCAGGGAUGCCGACCGCCCCGACCAGGGCACCUCUGUCUUCCCUUUCGAACACAGGCCGGCGUUGGGCUGCGGCUGCGGCUGUGGCGCAGUCUGAGGAUGAAGAUCAGGUGGAGGCUCCGGUUCAUGAGGCUGCGUGCACCGAGCGCGAAGUGCCGGCUGCCUCGGCGAAGAAGCGAGGCAAGGCGAAGCCGAAGCGGCCGCGAGAGUCGCGGGAGGCUUGCAACGACAACGAGACGGCCCCGGCGGCUCCUACUCAUCCGCGUUCAAGCAGGGUCUGGUCAUCAGUGGAGGCGCUCUUCUCUGGUGCCCUGGUCUCUGAGCUGCUGAGACCCAGUGCCUGGCGCUGUGAGGCAGAUGCCCGCCUGGCAGAGUUAGCCGACCGGCUGCCGCCUUUGGCCCCACUAGGCCUCGCGCUUCCGCUGUCCUGGGCCGAGUUCUUGUCUCUGGAGAUGGACGGAGGACCCAAAAGGACGUCAAGACGGGGAGAGACGCCCUGGCUCCUACGGCUUCAGAGCAACGUGCCAUGGCUCCUGCCCCACUAUGUGACCGUCAUCUUCGCGCUGGUCCUGCUUCACUCACUUUCACGCUUUGGGAUUCUCAUGUGGCUGGUGGCUGCUCAAACUUUUCUGCUGCUCCUACCUCCGCAGCAAGUGCGACAGUUUGGUUCAUCCGCCCAUGUGGUGGUGUUGCAGUGCGCCCACUUGCUGCUGUGGAUCUUCUUCGUCCGAUCGCUGUGGCAGUUGCAUAUCUUCAUUCAAAUUUUCUUGGUCCUGGUCGUCUGCGGCCAUGCCUACGCGGUGAAUGAAGCUGGAAGACUCGAGGCGAUCGCACUGCUGCGCGCGUUGGCCGAGGGUCCAAGGGCGGUUGAAGAUCAGGGCAUCUACGGAGCGCAGGUGUCGACCCUCGCCACAAUCGUUGCAAGGCUGCUUAGCGUGGCUACUGCUGCUGAGCGCAAGGCCCACGUGGCCGCGGCAACGAGACCCGCUGCAGGGGAGAACUUCGAUGUUGUGACCAGUCUGCCGUCGCAGACCAGUGUGGGGCUGUCCAGGAGAAAGCUUCCCCUCGACUGGCAGCAUUGGACAACCCCGGAGGCACGGACGCGCCAUCAAGCUCCGUUCAGUGCCAAAGAAGAGCUCCAGGUCCUUCGGGAUGCCUUUGUUGCCGUCUUGGCCCGCUUGGAUCUCCAGCGCAGCGAGUCGUCACAGGUCGCCAGUGCAGUGGUCAGGUGUUUGGAGCUGCUCACGCGCAGGGAGAUUCAAACAGGAACCGACCCUCGGCGAGCGGAAGCUUGUCCCGGAGCUGGGGCCAAAGCCAAACAGUUUGGUGUAGCCGGCACCGAGCAAGAGGGCCCCGAGAUGGUGCGCAGCGAGUCGCUGGACUCGGAAGGGGCUGCGAGGAAGGAGCUGCAGCUUGGCUCUGACAAGGGCAAUCCGGACGGGUUUUCUGCUGCUCAAGUCUUCGGUUCCAAAACGUCCAUGAGCGGCUACACCUACGACGACCUGAUCUGCCUGCCUGGGCACAUCAACUUUGGUGUGCACGAUGUUUGCCUGGGCUCCCGGUUCACGAAGAAGAUCCCUUUGCGAACGCCCAUUGUGUCGAGCCCCAUGGACACGGUGACAGAGUCCAACAUGGCCAUUGCCAUGGCACUAGAAGGCGGCAUCGGGGUCAUCCACACGAACCUGUCCAUUGAGGAUCAAGCAAGGGAAGUCUCACGGGUGAAGAAGUUCAAGGCUGGCUUCAUCCUGGACCCGGUGUGCGUGAUGCCCACGAUGACUCUGGAGGAGUUGGACAUCUUGAAGAAAAAUCACGGCUUCACUGGGUUUCCGGUCACGGAGAACGGGCAGAUGGGUGCCAAGCUCAUGGGCCUGGUGACGAAGCGUGACACUGACUUCGUCUUGGACCGCAAGACACGGCUCAGCGAAAUCAUGACGCCUGCAAAGGACCUGGUGACCAUGAAGGAAGGCUGCGAUCUUUUGGAGGCGAAUGCUUUGCUCCAGAAGUCCAAGAAGGGCAAAUUGCCGAUCAUCACAGCUUCGGGCCUCUUGAUCGCCAUGGUCUCUCGGACAGACAUCAAGAAGAACGUGGAGUUCCCAAAUGCCACCAAGGAUCCCGUCAACAAGAGCCUCCUCGUCGCCGCGGCCAUUGGCACGCGGCCCAACGACAAGGAUCGCGUCCGGGCGCUCGUGGCCUCCGGCGUGGAUGCGGUCAUCAUCGACAGCAGCCAGGGCGACAGCCUUUUUCAGCAUGAGAUGAUCAAGUGGAUCAAGAGUAACUUCCCGGACUUGCAGGUUGUUGCGGGCAACGUCGUUACGAAGCAGCAGGCACGCAACCUUAUCGAGUGUGGCGCCGACGCGCUCCGCGUGGGCAUGGGAAUUGGUUCCAUCUGCACCACGCAGGAGGUGUGUGCCUGCGGCCGGGCACAGGCCUCCGCUGUGUACAAUGUCGCCAAGUUGGCUAGGAUGUACGGUGUGCCGAUCUUGGCAGAUGGUGGCAUCUCCAGCCCUGGUCACAUUGUGAAGGCCCUCAGCCUCGGUGCUGGUGCUGCUAUGUGCGGCAGCCUCCUCGCAGGAACCUCCGAGACGCCCGGCGAGUACUUCUACUCCGAGGACGGCAAACGGCUCAAACGCUACCGCGGGAUGGGCUCGAUCGAUGCCAUGAAGAAGGGCUCCGAUGACCGGUAUUUCGGAACCACAAGCAGCAUCAAAGUAGCCCAGGGUGUCUCCGGCACGGUCCAAGACAAAGGCAGCAUCCACAGGUACAUCCCGUAUCUGACACAGGGCAUCAGACAUGGUAUGCAGGACAUUGGGGCUAAAAGCGUCGAGCAGCUGCAGACGAUGCUGCAGGAGGGCCAGCUGCGCUUCGAGCUCCGCUCGGCGGCAGCCCAGAGAGAAGGAGGGGUGCAUGGCCUCCACAGCUUCGAGCGCAAGCUCUUUGACUCAUGA